AUGGAUGUGAGCAGCGUUCUCGGCCGUAACACUUUCCGUCGAACUGGACGCCACACCAGGAGAAAGCGCUUAAGCGGAGGGACCGAGGUCGUAAAGAAAUCCCUUGCCCAGAAUGUUGAGCUCCCUAAAGAGCCCAAGGCCUUGCAGCAACGAGUCUUCCUCUACAUCCAACUGAACGAAAUGACCAACCUGCCGAAUACAGAAUAUCCUCUGGAACUGCAUCUUUACCAUCCAAAGAACACUCUGCAGAAGAUGCAGGAACGCUACACCACAGAGACCAUCAUCUACCAGCGGGAGUUCAAUUUGAAGAAACCCGUUUUCGCGAUGGGAGUGAUGCAGGACGAUAUCGAGGACAUGAACACGUUCAGUGAUCAGCCUUUGCUGAUUUCUCUCUACCAAAGAAUUCCCAGACGUCGCAAAGGAGGUUCCAGAAAAGGUAAAUCAAAGACGCAACUUAUUUCUCCCUCGCAGGAGGCCAGCCAAUCAACAGAGGCCUCGGAGUUUGGUGAAAAUGUCAACAAGAAAAGAUUGAGUCUGAAAGGAUCUGACCAAGUUGACGAAGAAUGGGGUGAAGAAGGUGAGGGAGGUACCUUUUUAGAGGGGAGGCUGGAACUUCUGUCCCGGGGUCACUGUGAUCUGUUGCAGCUUUUCCAGCGACGUCGCUUUAUAAGCGACAUUACCAUAUAUCUGUAUCCGGAGUAUAAGAGCAAUUCGCAGGCGAGGACCACUGAGAAAAUCACCACGCACAGCGUUUGGCACAUGUACUCCAUUCUGCCCAUCCUGAAGAACUUCAACUUCACGAACUUGGCCUUUUUGACUCUGGAAUCGAUUUACAAUGUUCCAGACGAUCUGCAUUCCCUAUCCGCUGACCUGGGCCUGAGUGUUGCCUUUCGUUCAAAGGAACCAGAAGGGGAGGAUGGCACCUUCAAGGUGAUUCCCCUGUGCACCUAUUCCGGAUUUAUAUCCCAGAUCAUCAGUGACCAGAACACCAGCAUUGUGUGGGAGAGCAUCAAGCGGGAUCUGAAUCCGGAAAUGAUUUACAGCUUCAAUCAGAUGGAAACCAAUUCGAGGGUGAAGCUACCUAAGUUGUUUCGCAUGUUGCUCUGGGAGUCGGACGUUGACUUUCAGAUUGAAAAGAUCGAUCCUGUUACGAACUUGGCCCUGAUCAACAACUCCAUGCAUCGCUUCGUCUUGAACGAGGAGAUGCGAAAGAUCCUCGAACAGGCUGUUGUACACAAUGACUAUGAGUUGGUCCUGCAGUUGUAUCAAGAGACACCCGGCAAUGUCCUUUACGAGGGCGCCAUCAAUCCAAGUAUCUUCGGGUAUCCAAAUGUUAAUUAUUGCCGCUUUGCAACCCGUUUAAGCCCUGUUCUCGAGCCUUCAACAAAACUAAGCAUUCCGAGAGAAUCACUGGAAACGGGUCCCAUGUUCUGCACGUUCAAGGUUUGCUUCUUUCAGCCAAUUUGCGAGCGCAAUAAACCUCUUGACGAAUACAAUGAGAAUGUCCUUAAACGGGGAAGGUUGCGACGUUGCUUCAAUAUGGAUUUUCUAAAGGAGGAAGAGGAGGAUGAGGACGUAUUGCUGGAGCUGUAUCGCGCCUUCGAUGAUCUGAUCACAGAUACAAUCGGAUUCAUAAUAAAGCGGGAUGUGCAGGAUAUCAGUGAUAGAAAGGACUUCUUCUGUUGCCAGCUGGGAAACCUGAGUAAUUUGGUGCUGAAAAUCUGCGGUUGUGAUUUCAACAUACGAAUGCCAACGAAAACGAAUCUUGAGUUCAGAGAAAUGCUGACCCACAUGUACAAGGAGCUGAUGGAUCGCAUUGAGGGGAUAUUUACUGCCUGCAGCUGGAAAAACAAUUGCGAUUGUUCGACGCUUAUGGAGCAUGGAGAACAUGGUUUGACCCGGCUGAUGAAUGAAAUGCGACUGCUCAGUAACUCUGGCCAGAGGGACUUGGCCAUUCAGAUGUACGAGGAGAUCGACCACAACACCGAAAACAGAAUUAUUUUCGACUUCGUAACACUGCUAAAUAGCGUAGAGACUUUGCAGUUCGAACAGGCAGCUAGGUAUUUCAUGAAACCGCAAACCAGCGAUUGGAGUGGCCACUACUUUACAUUGCUGAUACAACUCUAUGUAAACUACAUGGUGGAUCUGCGAUCCCCAGACGAAGAAAUCGCAGACACAGCGAAGUCAAAUAUGAUCGAAAGUCUCCGCCGGUUUGCUGCAGAGAACAGUUUGGAAUCGGAGAUCUGGAUUCUAUUGUAUUGCUUUUAUAAGGAAGUCAGCUAUUUGCCAGGAAUGGAGUUCACGCGUUGGAAGUUUCAGAAUCUCCUGGACAUUACCCCAAAGCAACUCGGCUUUACUCCUUGUUCCCUUUACGAACUUUAUCUGCCAGUUGAUUUUGAUAUGAAGGACUCAUCCACAUCUAUGAAUAAUCAGUUCUUUCCCGUUUUUAAGCUAUUUACUCGCUUGGGAGCCUACGCUUUUGCCGAGGUUGUAUUCGCCGAUAUCGAACAGUGUUUUACGAACGCAGAAGUAUAUCUUAUAAAGACCACUUUGAAGAUACUACAACGGCAGAUUGACGCUAAAUUCAAGAUUAUUAAUAUGCCCACCGAUAACAGUGUGCCGGGAAGGUUAAGGCGUUCUUACCAACUGCACAUAAAUGGCAGUGUGGAGUACUCCCGUGGACGCUGUGACGAAGCUCUAAAAUAUUUUUGGGAUUUAUUUUUAGUAACUGACCCGGACGACAAGGCAUUGUUCAAGUUGAGUUUUGUGAGGCUGGGGCAAUUGGCCUUUGAUAGGGGUCAAUAUGAGCUGGCUGAAAAAGCCUACGACAUCUGCUUGCCUUCUAGUCGCAGACGUAAGAACUUUAUAGCCAACUAUGGGAAGGGACUGAGUCUUUACCAUCAAAAUCGACUAGAAGAGGCAAUUCCCUUCCUUUCUCGCUGCACCGAAAUUAACAUAUUCAUGCCCGAUGUCUGGGGAUAUUUGGCCACCAUUAACCUGAGACUGAACCGAAAUAAAACUGCCUUGGAGUGCUGGAAAAUGGCUAGAAUGAACCCAGAACUAAGCCUUGACAAAAACGUUUAUGCUGAACUGGACAAGAUUCGGUACUCAGAUGUCCACCUGCUUGUAGAUGACGAUGGGAAUCCAGCGGAAAAGAUGUCGAAAAUGGACUUCAUUCCUUUGUAAUUAAGCCAAACUUAAGGCCGUAAAAUAAACUCAAGAAAAUAUGAAUUUCGCCACCAGGUGAAAGUGUCCUAAGUAAACACAUCCUGAGUCUCGGCUUUCAUCAAGUUUUAGCCACAUUUAUCACUUAAAUUUAGUGCCCU